UUUCCGGCUGGUGGGGGAGGGGUUUGGACAAGAUGGCCGGAUCCACAGUUAAAGUCCCUCGUAAUUUUCGCUUGUUGGAAGAACUUGAAGAGGGUCAAAAAGGAGUAGGAGAUGGUACAGUAAGCUGGGGUCUGGAAGAUGAUGAAGACAUGACACUUACACGGUGGACAGGCAUGAUUAUUGGACCACCAAGGACAAAUUAUGAAAACAGAAUAUACAGCUUGAAAGUAGAGUGUGGGCCUAAAUAUCCUGAAGCACCUCCAACAGUUAGAUUUGUAACUAAAAUUAAUAUGAAUGGAAUAAAUAAUUCCAAUGGAAUGGUGGAUGCACGGAGCAUACCAGUGUUAGCAAAAUGGCAAAAUUCUUAUAGCAUUAAAGUUAUACUUCAAGAGUUAAGGCGUCAAAUGAUGUCCAAAGAAAAUAUGAAGCUUCCACAACCUCCAGAAGGGCAAACUUACAACAAUUAAUUUUAGCUGAAUCCCAAACUUGUCUUAAACAACUUCUACUUAUGUUAAUGUCUUGAUUCAAUUUCACAAUGCAAACCACCCACACAUUAAGAGUUUCUGCUGGUGUAUAUGAUCUGGACAUUGAAAGAAUAUACAUAUAUACAGUAUAUAUAUAUAUGUAUGCCCCAUAUGUUUUCAGGCACAAUCAGAGAAAAAAGGCAGCACAAUUUUUUCCUCUUUACCAAGCACUAUCAUUUUAAGCAUAAGCCUGAAGUAGCCUAAAUUUGGAACUCCAGUGUUUCAAGAUGAGCGCAUGAUCGGAAGUGUCAGGUUGCUGUGGAAUAAUGUUUCAGAAACUUUUUGCAAGAAGAAAAAAAAACUAAUGGCAUGCUUUAUCCAUCUUGCUUUAGUAAAAGAGCUGCAGAUUAAAACAAUUAAGUAGCAGGUACUGCAAAUACCAUUGCUCAACUUGUUUAAUUUUUGCAAUGUGUGGGUGCUGACUGCUAGUAGUGUUUCAGAAUAUGGUCAGGAUUGUUUUGAUACUUGUAUUUAUAAAAUGGGGGAAUGAUUUUAUUUUAAGCAGCUCCUGUGUGUUUCAUGUAAUGGACAUUGCAAAUAUUUGUUUACAGUCUUCGUUCUAAUAAACCAUGCAUUUAAGUUUUAGUGAAACCAACAAACAAAAAAAAGGAAAUAGGUGUAUGGAUAUGUGAUUGAGAAUAAAGUUAGUCUUCAAAUGUAAAUAAAAUGUGAAAAAUAUUCCCUGAGGCUGUGCUAUUUCUAAAUUUAUGCUGGCAGUACCCUGCAAAAUUAAGAAGUCAGAUGUUGCUCCUAAACUUGUCUUAAUUACCCUCUUUUUCUUGGUAUCUAGGCUGCUGGAGCAAUUUUAAUGGAACCAGUUAUAUUAGACUCUGCAUGUGUAAUUUUUAAUUUUCAACUAAAUGGCCCUCUAAUUGUAACCUUUUUGCUUUUGUGAUGCUCAGUUCGUACGUUGAAUUCUUGAACUCUCUUUGCUAUUAGCAGGUAUAGUAUUAAAAAUAAUAAGAGGGGAAAGAUACAACUCCUUGUAAGUAUGUUAUUGCUGGCUUUUUAGGUGCUUUUGUGUUUUGUGCUAUUGCUGCUCGAUGGUUCAGGAGCCCUAGAUGGACAGUAAGGUGUUGAAAAUUCAGUCUGCCUUUUAUUUCUUUCCUCUUCAUAUUGAUUGAGAUAUGCAUGCAAACCCCUUGAACAAAUUGAGGUCUCUUAUUCAUAUGCCAGCAACUAAGGUACUAUCUAAGGUACAAGAUCUGUGUAGCCAUUGUGGAUGUAUAAUCUAUUAGCUCAGCCUAAUCUUGUUUGCAGAGUAUAAAUGUUAAUCUUAGAAAUAUUUUCUUUUUGCUACCUUCAUUUUACAUGAGUGGAGACAUGUAGGAAUAAAUUCCUACAUAAAUAAAUAAAUGUAGGAAUAAAUUCCUUUUUCUUUGUUCCUUUUAAAUUAAUAAACAGGAUAAGCAGCUGUUUAAGGGAUGCUUUCUGCUAAGAAAAUGUUAAAAUUUUGUGUUUCAUGAAAUGCAGUUUGCAGCUUCUAUCUUCAGAAUAAAUGGAAAUCAAGAAA